AAAAGUAUAAUAGAAAAAAAAUAAUAAUAAUAAAGGAGAGGAGAGGAGAUUUCAACUUCCCUCUAAAAGUGCUCUCAUCCCCUCCCAGUCCCCCGCUUCUCCGCUCCCUCCUUCCCCGCCUACAGAUUCAAUUUCCUCUUCCGUCCCAAAAAGCUUCUUCUUCUCUCUUUGCUGACUUUACUCCCAUCAGCAGCGGCUGUUGCCCUCUUCAGUCUCAUCUGGAGGCCGCGCAUUUCAUAAGCGGGGUUGCUUUUCUCUCGUUAAAGGGUUACGAAUUUUUCGCAUGGUAGCGGAUCAAACAGGAGCAAUAUUUUCUGCAGGACCGACUACCAGCUGUAGGUUGUUCCACGUAUCUUGGAUUUCAUCUUAAUAUGGAAGCCCAAAUUCAUCACCUCGAGCAAGAAGCUUACAGUGCAGUGCUACGUGCUUUUAAGGCUCAAUCUGAUGCUCUUACCUGGGAAAAGGAGGGUUUGAUUACUGAACUUCGCAAAGAGCUCCGGGUAUCAGAUGAUGAGCACAGAGAGCUUCUCUCCAGAGUUAAUGGGGACGAUGUCAUCCUUCGUAUAAGGGAAUGGAGAACUACAGGUGGGAAUGAAGCUACUAGGUUUGUCCCACCAAGAGGUCUUGACAUGGUACCCAGCCCUACCAUCUCCGGUGCCCGUAAAAGACAGAAGAUAUCUCAAGGGGGUCAUGCACUUCCUACUUUAUCCUCUGUGAAGGCUAUGCAGCUCCCCUCACAGUUUGCUACUCGACCUAGGUACUUUACUACACACAACUCCCGCAGUUCUUCUGGUGCACCUGUGGUUGAUGAACCUCCUGAGGCACUGCUCGGACGAAAGGUUUGGACUAGAUGGCCUGAGGACAACCACUUCUAUGAGGCUGUCAUAACUCAAUAUGACUCUUCUCAGGCCCGGCAUUCUCUAGUGUAUGAUAUGGGCACGAAGAACGAGACAUGGGAGUGGGUUGAUCUGAACGAGAUAUCUCCAGAGGAUAUACGAUGGGACGGAGAGGAUCCAGCAAUUCUGUAUCGUGGUGGACAAGGUGGCGGUGGUAGCCGAGUGAUGAGGAAAACCAUAAGCCAUGGCGGUUUUAUCCCACCGGGCUCCAUUCCAGUGCAGGGUUAUCGAAAGUUCCCCUCCAGAAGGGAGCUUUUAGCAGCACGCAAUGGCUUUGCUGCAAAAGUUUCUGAUGAUAUUGAAUUACUGAACACCGAGACACUAGUUAAGGAGGUUGAAAAGGUUUUCGGAGUUAGUCAACCAGAUCCAAUUGAGCUUGAGAAAGCCAAAAUGAUGCUAAAAGAGCAGGAACAGGCACUUUUGGAUGCAAUCGCAAGGCUUGCAGAUGCAUCUGAUGGCGAAAGUGACGGGGAACAGCACUUCUUACACGGGCAACCAAUGGAGCGUUAGUGUGGUUUGAAGAUACCAUUUCACAGGAGUCAGAAAAGAUGUCUUGCUGAAAGCAGCACCUGAUGAGGCUGUAGAACUGGAAAUUGAGGGAGAAGGAAAAGGUUAAAUCAACCAUCGCUGGUGGUUGGCUGCCAGUUUUCCUUUAAUCUUCUAACCUGUUGGAUUGUAAAGAAUUUCCUCUGUUUCCUUCCACCUUGUAUCAUAUUCAUACCUCUUCAUUUCCAUUUAACAUCUUGUUCUGCAGAACGAGAUUUGUAGUUAGGAUUAGUGAGGAUAAGGAAUGUUCAGGGGAAACCUUCGCUAAUCUAGAUUUGUACAACUGCCCAUGGCUCGCAAUAGAGAAUUUGACCUAGAAUCAUUCUGAUAUAAGCUGAACUCUAUAAUGCCUCAGAUAUAACUCUGUUUUUCUCUUAACCCAGAGCCCAAAGAGCGUUACUUCCAUUCCAUGAUCGAGUAUUGCAACUUUCAUACAGGAAAAGAAAAUGUCAAUCAGUUUUAUAGCGUUUCAUGGAACUCUACAAUCAAAUUGACCAUGACGGAAUCAAAAGCAGGGCCUUCUACUUCAAAAUGACCAGCUCCUUGUAUUAGAUGCAUCUCUGCUCUGCCAUCGCAGCUCUUCACCUUGCUCUUCAGCUGCCGCACGCUCGUGAACCAGUCUGCACUCCCCAUUAUGAACAGCUUCGGCUUCCUCGCCUUCAACGUUGGCUUGUAGUGCUUUCCGAACAGAAACGAAGCUGCCAAGCCGAAAGGAUAGCCUAUGCUCACGUAUCCCACUACUUUCUCCAGGUGAUCCAGCGCCGAGCCAGCUAUUGGAGCUCCUACGAACGACCCGACAAGCAAGAUCCUGUCGACAGGCAAGUUGUCGGAAACCCAAUUGCAGACAGCGACAACAUCCUCGAUUUCGGGGAUUCCGGUGAUGGAGGACUUGCCGGUUGAUCUCCCGACACCUCUCAUGUCGAAUGUGACCGCGGUAAGCCCUUUGAUGGAGAGCCUGGAGGCAAUGCCGUGCAUGAUGACCUGGCAGCCGCCGAGUUUUGAGUAAGGAUGGACGAGAACCACCGCGGUGGCGGCUUGGGCGGAGGUGGGCUUGAAGAGCCUGGCAUGGAGAACGAUCCCGUCUCGUGUGGAUACGAAGCAUGACUCCAUGGCGCUCCUCGGAGGUGUCAUCGGUGACGACGAAGAGGAGCCUCUGGAGAGAUUCGAGAGGGCUGUCGCCAUGGAUUCCCCUUUUUUUUUUUUAAUAUGAAAUGUUACAUGGAGAGGUGUUGCGUUCUUUGGGGUGGUUUUGAGAGGUUUUUGCUGUUGUUCAAGGAUGUUUGGUUUGGAAGGUUUGGUGAUGAUAUUAUAUGGGUUCUAUUCU